CGAAGAAGGAGAACGAAAAGGAACAUAACCUAUUUUUACAAAUUUAUUUAAAAAAACCAAACAAUCUUAUUAGGAGUUUUUAAAAUUGAAAUUUUCACUUUAAAAGGCGAAAUAAGUAUAAUUAAGAAAAUCCAGCAUGCUUCGCAGACCACUUACGGCGAUAGAACUAAAAAUUGAUGAUAUAUCAGAAUUUGAGCAUCACAGACGAAAGGCAAAACAGGACAAACUGCAAAAGAGCCUUUCAUCUGACUUCCCGGUUUUUGAAGCGGGUCCAAAAUCGAGGGCAGAAAUAUGCAGUAGGGUUGGGUACAAUCCAAACCAGACAAAUACCAACAAGUAGUUAAUUUAUUGAAUGAAAGUAAAAUUUUCCUUAUUAUUUUUAUUUAUUUACAAGUGUAAUUUAUGGAGAUAUAAAUCGAAUUAAUUGCAUGCUAGGAAGGUAUCUCUAGAUUAAAGAGCAUUAAAUGACUUACAAUAAAA